GUAUUCAAGACGGGCAAGCACCUGACUCGGCAAAACCCCGGCGCCCGAGCUUGGAAAUUCGGACGACACUUCAAGUCAUCAAAUUCAGUCGGGGUCAGCCACAAUCGUGUCAAUUAACGAGUGGCAUAAAUCCACAUAUAACAAUGUAUUAUCGUUGAGAUACAUCUCUUAUUUACAAGCCUUCCAUCCAGAAUGGGAACUCUUCGAAAAGUGGCCAUUUUGAUAUUGGUCAUCUCCUUUUUCACAUUCGUUGCCUUCUUUGGUCGACUACCAGCCUUGCGCAAUACUCCUAUUGGCGCACUUCAUAGAUUACUAUGGAUUCAUAUACCAGCAACUCUCCGGUCAUGGGACCAAAGAUUGACACAGGGACGUUUAAGCGCUUGGGUGACCAGACAAGCGCACAUUCUCUGGAACGACAGACAUCCUAUUGUUAUGGUGAGAGACAGAACUUUUGCUUUGUGUUAUUUGCUCUCGAUCUCGUUUUUUCAAAUGCUCCACUCCCUAAUGCUGCAGUGGGGAUGGCUGUGAUUCUGUGUCAAAGAACCAUCUUGAACGUUUCUCCUUUCUUGUUCUUGUCCAAGUCAUCUAUAUAUGUAGAACCUUACUAAGCCACAUAGAUCUUUUUUAUCCUUCUCCUCUCGGUAUCGGAAGUAAUGUUUCUUCCUCCAGCCUGGCAACUACUCAGCACCGCCAGGAAAGUCACUUCUUUCAUACUUCUUUCCCUUCCGUACAUAUUUUUGUGGGCAUCCGCUGCUCUGGAUCCAGGAUAUAUCGGGCCUGAAAAUCACAGUCAAGCAAUGAGUCUCUACCCAUACGACUUCACGAUAUUCCAUCCUGGUCAGACAUGCAACACAUGCAAAUUGCUGAAGCCGGCCCGCUCCAAGCACUGCAGCAUUUGCAAGAGAUGUAUAUCCAAACUAGACCAUCACUGUAUCUUCAUCAAUAAUUGUGUCGGCUAUAAUAAUCAGAACUAUUUCCUCCUGCUCCUUUGGACUACUGGAGCCUUGACCUCCUACGCAACCUAUAUCGGCUUUUCGAUCCUCUCAGACGAGGUCCGCAAGGAGAUUCCAUCAUGGACGAUCCGCGGCAAGGGUUUCACUUGGUCACAGUUUGUCAAUGUCUGGGCUUGGGUGCUUCAAGAAUAUACUCGCAUCGGUGCCGUCACACUACUAUGUCUGCUGACUACACCACUGAUCUUCGGACUCCUCGGCUACCACAUCUACCUUAUUUGGGUGGGUACCACCACCAACGAAUCAAUGAAGUGGUCCGAUUGGCAAAUCGAAAUGUCAGACGGCUAUGCAUUCAAACGCUCACUUGCCACAGACCGCCAAAAAGAUGAACGCAUCGAACCAGCAUGGACUCGAUGGCCCGUCGAAAGUCAACAAGUCGUUUUGCGAACUGAAGAUGGACAGCCUCCCAGAGGACCUGGCGCGAUUGGGAUUGGUGAGUGGGAGAGGGUGUGGAAGUUGGCAGAUGUUGAGAAUCUGUAUGAUCUAGGUUUCUGGGACAACCUGGCUGAUGUGUUUCUCCCUGUGAAUGGAUUCCGAGAUCGUGAGGAUGCGAGUCCUGAGGCCAGGAGGAGUCGCUCAUCGUCAGCUUCAGAGACCGACGCUCUCGUUCCCCAAUAA